AAACACUCCAAGAUAUAAACCAUCAAGACAGAUAAGUCAUCCAGUCUAAAUAACGGUGGACAAACUGUUGCACAGGUUACAUAUUGUGUGUUUAGAUUGAUGCACAAAAUGUGCAUUAAUCCUGCAAAUGGACAUGACCUAUGCUACAACAAGCAAUAGAUGCAGAGUACAGUAUACUGCAUAUCAACAUUUUGGCAGUACAACACUUAAAAUGUGUGUUAAAUGACAAAAGAAAUGCAUGUUGAAUGGUAACAGAAACAGAUACAAACAGAUUGAAGUAUUUUAUUGAUUGUGUUUUUAUGCAGUGGCAUCUCAGCUGGAACUGAUGGUGUCCUGUUAAAAUACAACAAACAAAGGGAUAAUAUAAGUAUAUUGUGACUGUUUUAAAUGCACUGAAAUGUUUGAAGGCUUUGUGUGGGUGUGGCUUACCUCUGUCUCUUCCUCUGCAGGGUGUUCAGGCUAAAAGAGUCCCCAGGGGCCUGAGCACCUUUUAAAGGUUCCAGAAGAGACCAAAGCAGAUGGAAGACGGGGAGCAACAGAACUAUGCACUUUAUAAAUUUUAUGUUGGAUUUAUAUUUAUAUCAAUAGAAAUGUGUUUUUAGAGAUGCUUAAAAUGAAUAGCAUUUGGUAAUGUAUAUUAUUCUGAAGAUUUGGUUAUUUUGUCAAAGUUUGUGUGUGUGUGUGUGUGUGUAUUUUGUUUUACCCUGUUUCUUGGUGGAUUGUUAAUUGGAGCAGCCAGGGACUAUAAAAGGCUGCAUGUUUGGCCACAUUAGUGUGGUUGCUACUGAGACCCUAGGUCUUUGUAAGAAGGGUUGUCUGUGUGUUAAAGGUUGGUGAAUAAACACCCAGUGGGAUUGCACCAUUUCUCUGCCUCAAGUCUCCUACUUACUCCAGCUGCUAAGGGCAACUCUAACAGCAGUGUGGGGGCAGAGGACUUAUAAUGCUUCUGUGCUCCAUCUGAGUUUUUCCAUCAAUCUAAUCUAAACAACACUUCUGAAAUUACAGACUUGUUCACCCCCAUGUGUGGGAGCAAAGGUCCUGAGCCAUGUGAUAUUCCUGACAUGUAGAUGGGGAAAAUGAUGUGGAUUUGAGUUAAGCCAUAGUAGGUGGAGGACGCAUUAGGAAAUAGAUUGAAAAGAUUAGAUGGAUUACAACUGGUAAUAUUUAAGCAGACGGAGAAGAUGUCAAGUGGCAAACUGCUGCAGAUGUAUCAAGAGUGACUGAGAAGAUAUUUUCUUAUUUUAAAAGAACAAGAGAUUUACAGCGGGCGUCUGUGCUACACCUGGCGGAGGAUGCAGUUGGUUGUCUUUGUGGUGGUGCUAGCCCUGGGGAAGGGAUGCUUCAGCUGCAACCUGAAAAACGUCAGCAUCCCCAUGGAGAGAUGCGGUCAGGAGGUGUGGAUCCACACCACAAUCUGUGAAGGGCUGUGCUGCUCCCAGGACCCUGUCUUUGAAAGCCCUGAAGAGGCGCCUGUGCAUAAGACCUGCAACGGAGACUGGUCCUACGAGGUGAAACACAUCGAGGGGUGUCCGGGAAGCAUCACUUACCCCGUGGCUACAAACUGCCACUGCACCACAUGCAACACAGAGGAUACAUACUGCGGCCGCUUUCAUGGCCACAUACCCAGCUGUUAAGCUCCUCCUUUGGUCGGCAAACGUAUACUUAUUAUUGUACAUCUUUAUCUGACACUGAAAUAAAAAAAAGAUACUGCUCAUA